GCGGCGCCGCGGGUGCGGCCCCGCGCAGCGCCUGUCCAAUGGGGAGGCGCCGCCUGUUGAGUGACAGCCACGCCGCCCAAUGGCGGUUCGCGGGGGUGUUUAAACAGCGGCGGCGGUUGGGGCCACAACGUAGCAGCGGGAGCGGCGCGGCCGGGCCGGAGAAUCCAUCCAGUUUGGUGGGAACCAUGGAGAAUGUGCUAGGCCCUGAGAGUGAGGAGGAGCUGGCAGCCUAUCUGAGCCAGCUGCGCGCCUUGCAGGAAGGCGGCAGGGGGCCGCCGUAUUUCCAUGAUGAUUCCUAUACUGACUCAUCCACCAUUUUUGGCUCAGAGCCAUCCCUUCCCCUUCAUCCCAUGGAUGAGAGGGAACCUAGGAGGUUGGUGAUGAAGAGGAAGGUGCUGAGGCACAGGCCUGAUGGAACGGUGGAGGUCUCCGAUGAGUCACCAAACGUCAUGCCAUGGAGCCUGGGGUAUUCCAGUGAUUUUUUGGAUGACCCCGCCUCCGAAAUAGAGACCAGCAGUGACACCUUGAAGAACUGCCUGUACUAUGAUGAUGAUGAUGAUGAUGAUAGUGAUGACAGGCUCCGUGAGGAAGGCCCCUCCUCUCUCGUUGGGGAUUUUGGGAGCGACACUAUAUCUGAAUACUCCAUGCCAAGGCAACUGGCCAUGAACUACAUCGCUCCAAAGGCUCGUAGAGUGAAGAGAACUGACCCAGUGGCCAAAUUAAACAAAUAUAAACAAGACUGGAAGAGAUUCUGCGUUCCUGGGCAGGAUCCACAUGAGCGCCUGCGCCGGGCCGUGCACAGGCAGAUACUGCAGACGGGGCUGCCGCGCCGCCCGCAGAAGCCUGUCAUCGUCCCCAACACGUAUGAGGUGCCCACCAUGAAGAAACGCGACUCCCUGCGCUUCGGCGUGCGCUGGGACCUGGCCCACCACCUCAUGCCCCGCCGGAACACCAGCUACUAGAGCCCCAGCUCCGCUGCUUCCUCCUCCCCAACACCCCCCAUAGGAAAAUCCCCCUGGUGCGCUUCAAGCGCGCGUUAAGUUCUGGUGUGGAGGAGGUUUUCUUAUCAGCAAUAUCAUUCUUUCCUCAAUAAAGCAUCUGUAAAGAUUC